UCCACUUCCCGUUGUAGCGAAACAAGCGGACGCAAACAAAGCAGCUCCAGCGCUGUGUCAUCACAAAGCUGGUGGCUUGCCUGCGGCCCUCGUCCCAGGUUAGCAGCUUCUCAUCCUUGUAGUGCAUGGCAGCAGCGGUGGCUGUGGCCGGCACUCAGAUGGCCGUGUAUCGUCAGAAGCGCCCCAACUGGACCGAGGACGAGCGGCUGCGACUCGUGCAAGAGAUCGGCGAGCGCAUUGACGUCAUUCGCGGCAAGCUGGGUCCCACACUGACGCUCCGCGCCAAACGGUCCGCCUGGACUGCGGUGCAGCAGGCACUGAAUGAGGGCAACAACUCACACACGCGCACCGUGCCUGAGAUCAAGAAGCAGUGGAGCAACCUUGUGCAAAGGUGCAAGCACCGCGUGAAUGCACAUAACCGCGGCACCAGCCGGCAAGGUGAGAAUGGGCGUUCCUUGGAUCUGUCUCUUGUGGAGAGAACCAUACUCGACGUCAUUGGUGAUGAUUGCUCGUACGCUGACUUUCUUGAUGGUGCCGGCCCCGACAUCUGUGGUGACGUUGAUGGAAGCCAAGACAACGGCCUAGGUUCCUCUGAGGACGAAACACUCAUCCAGUCAUUGGACUCGAGUGUGCCAGAGUGGUUUUGGAAAACUAGCGCUCGAGCGUCGGGCACAGCAUCUGCAUCUGCAGCACUGUGUGCCAUUCGUCCAUCCACGAAUGGUGCCGUGGCCCCCACAGUUUCCAUGAAGCGAGAGCACAGUGAUGAUGAUGAACACCCGUCGUCAGCUGAGUGUCUAACAGCCGAGUUCGAAGGUGACGAUGACCAUGACGAUGUUGCCGAAGCGCUAGGCAUUGUUUACGAACGACCGGCCACUGCUGCUGCCUCUGGCAAGCAGCCAGUGCCUCGGCAGGCAACGUGUUCACAGAUGGGUGCCAGCCGUCGUCCCGCCGUGGCACCGCAGCAGAGACAGGCGUUGCCGCCAAUACCCCCUCCUCCACCUCAGCUUCCGGCAAACUCCACGAGACACCAACCUAGUGGUCCCAGCGCGGAGACAGGUGGGGACGGGGAAGAUGCCGGCAGCCGCUGCGACGAAAAAGCAGGAGAAGAUGAGCUGGCACAGCUGCGCAAGACGUUGCUAGUCGAGCAGAUCAGGGCUGCCCGGGAGCAAGCCCGAGCGUUUCAGGCCGUCGCCUCUGCUGCACAAGCUGUGCGCGAUUGUGUUGCGAGGGCUGCCAAGUCUCGCGUGCACACGGAAAAAGUGAAGCGCCGAAAGCUGAUGCUGCAGAUGAAGAAGAUGGCAGAAUGAUGCUGCCAGCAAAAGUAGAAAGCAAAGAUGGGUUGCCGUUGGUGCCCGGUCAUUGCGUUGCCUUGAGGAUAUGCCAGUUAUGUCACAGUGUGCCUCCUGCCUGUUGUUUUCGGAUUGUGGCUGCCGAGCAGCCGUUAAAGUGUUUUUCUGGUGGUCUCAUUCUCAGGGAUUCCCAGCCCACCGCUGGUAACAGUGCUCCUAGGUUCUAAUGACCAUGAGUGCCCAUAUUGAGAUAUUCAUAUUUAGCCGGGUGCACUUUACCUGUGCUUGAAACUUAGUUCAGAGCCUUGCCUAUUGUGCCCUUGUAUGGUUGAUUUUCACGUCUUGCUCACAUUUUCCUCUUUUUUUUAGUCACUAUUUCAUUUCAAGUUGUUUCCCUAGUGCAGUAGUUCUCAUCCAUGGAUGUGUCCAAACCCCUUGUGGACUGGUGCAAGUGAUGGGGGAUCCCUUGCAGCGGAGGAGAGGGGGGGGGGGGGGGUAAGUAGGUAAAUAACAGAAUUGGAACGUGAAACAGGUGCCCUUUUGGGCUACCAAAAACAUCAAACAAACAUUCCACAUCACUUAUUUCAAACAGUUGAUCAAUACGUGGCAUAGUCACGCUUAAAGAAAAAUGUGAGUGAGGGUUUCGCAGAUCACAGAAAUUCCUUCCGCGGACCUCCACUUGAGAAGCACUACUCUAGUGAAUUGCUUCCACAUCUCGCAGCUCUUCUACAUGCUCGAUCGUCGUUCCCUGUAAACCGUUCUUUUCUCCAAGUAAUCAUUCAUGUAGAGUUUCCUCAUACUUGCCUUUUGUUAAGGAAUUCAGUUUGGAUAAUAAGUAAGGCAGGUCUAUAGCAUCUGCUUAUGUGGCACACAAAGUGUGGGUGCUAGAUUCAGUGAGAGAUCGUUGAUAUAUAUAUGUGCUAACAUUCCCAUGUCCCGUGCUUGUCGUGCCUUGAAUGUACAUGCGCUUUUCUAGGCAUGAUGCCAGCGUUUUGCAUGUGAUAGAGCAAUGUUAUUAAUUCAGGCCAGGCAACAAACAUGACACUUUACCUCGUAGGUACCCUCACUUUGUACAGAACAGAGCACAGUGCUCACCUAUUGUAAAAUUAACUUCACUUGAGAAAUUGGGACUUCAUUAAGCUUUUUGCAUAACAAAUCACUGUUUUGCAUAAAACGGGAGCUUUACACACAUUUGAAAGAAUAAAAACAAAAUGUCUCGCAAAUCUAAAGGAGAAAGCAGGAAACAGUGAGCCAGCUUAGACUGAUGAAUUGGGCUCUGAGAACUCAAAUUCUAAUUUCGCCAUAAUAGGUUUAUCAGUAUAAACAAAAUCUGGGCCAAAGCUGCAUUUUGAAAUGUAAUGCUAAAAUUUGUAUGUACGACGUCAAGGAUAUCAAAGCGGAUCUUUCUUAUUUUGCCGACAUUGGCUCGACGAAGUUUCUCGAAACUUGAAUAAGAUUGAGAACUUGGCAAGUGAUUGGCUCGACGAAGUUUCUUGAAACUUGAAUAAGAUUGAGAACUUGGCAAGUGGUUAGCAAUUCAUAGUGGGUGGAAUCAAAACAGGGCAUUAAGAAGUGAGGAGAACUAACAAAAAGUGGACAACAUGACCACUGCCAGCUGUUGCUCAAGAUCGCUCGCGCUCGUGUUUUCUCCACUCUUAGUCCUUUUUCUCUUUGUGCCAUUUUGCUUCUACUCACUAAUAUUCUUAAACUUGGUACGAUAAGUCAAUGGCAUCUUCAAAGGUCAUUGUACUUCAAUUUUACUGAUUAACUAUUUGAUAUCUAGUAAACUCAGUGAAGAUCUAUAACGUCACAGCAUUUGGUGCUGAAAUUUAAAGUUGGCAUCAGCCACCAGCGCUUGCUUUUUGCGUGUUUACUCACUUGCCAAGCGUCUUCUCAUGGUUAACGUGGUUACAUCAGAAUAGUGACGGGGCAGUUUACUCGUGUGAUAGAAUCGUUUUUUUUUUUCAGUGUGCCUUUAACAAUGAUUAUGAAAUAUGCUGAGGAAAAAAAAAAAGUGGGCCACUAGAAACUCGUAGUGUACAAAAUGUCACGUUUUUCAAGAGUCACUGUAGUGCUGCUUGUGGUGGGCUUCUCUUUUUAUAGAACUGCACACUGCCAGCGUCUUAACACUGCAUGUUUUAACUAAACUCUACGAUAUGGAUGAGCUGCCUGGUUGACACAAAUGCUGACCACAGCAUUGCCUUUGGUCAACUGCCUCUUAUUUGAUGGAAUAAUGAUCUAGUCGCAUUGACUAUAGUGAAUCGAUGCUUUACUAUAAUAUUUCAUCAUUUGUGAUCGUUGAAGAAGCCACUUGCUGAAAGUGGUAGUUUCUUUCAUUUUUAAUUAUUUUUGAUGCAAGCUUAAAGCCGGCAUCAUUUUUAUUUUCCCUGUGAAUUUUUCGCCAUGUAUGAGAUUCUUGGCAGCAUGAAAUGCAAUCAUUGCUACGUGCAGCAAGUCAUGAGCUAACGAUUGUUGCACUUGUGUAGCGUAAUGAAAUUUCCACCCAAUGGUUUCUUGCCACGUAUCAGACUCUUGGCAGCAUGGAAUGCAGUCAUCUAUACAUAAAGCGUCAUGAGCUAAUGAUUCUUCCUCUUGCUGUCACCUAAUGAAAUGUGUAACAGCAAGUGGUGCUUGCAGGUGUCUAGAUUUCAGCGCAUAUUAGGCUGAUAUUGCAUUAGUGGCAUAGUGAUUGUUUUGAGAUCAUUGUACGGUUUAAAGUAGUUGUUACUGCUUUGGGAAAAGUUCACCGUACAUGCAUGCCUUAGCACAAGGUUUUGUGGGUGGUAAACAUGCUAAGCUUCUUUCGCAGUACGACGCAAAUGACAGUGCUUAAAUAUAGUAGGUUGAAUAACUUAUAUAUUUGGAAAAACCUGGCUGAGACUGUGCAUUUUAAGACCAGAAAGCUUUUGCAAGAACUAGCUUAUUCUCUUAUGUUCUGUCUUAUAUUUUCUUUCAGUGACGAUUGUCGCGCUGUUCACAAGCAUCUGUAUCGUGGUAUCCAACUUGCAAACAGGCAUGUUCAGCGCUUUACGGGCACUUGAGAAUUCCUUUGUGUGUGUAUGUUUUAUUUUAGUGCGAUAUACAAAUCUGCUUGUAUACAGUCAUUGAUUCAGGGCUGCAACUUGUGUGAUUAUUGUGUCUACAGUGGUAGCUGAAAAGUUGUUUUAUCAAAAUGUGACACCUAUCAUUGUGUUAUGCAAAAUGUGUGUUCAUUGUCUUGGAAUGGCUUUGGUGUUCAAGCCGGACAAAGAAAAUUUAUUACUUAUAAAUAUCAGCAUGCAUGUAAAUUACAGAAAGAGAUAUGAAGGCUUGGUGAUUUUUACAAUGCAUGCAAUGUGUAGGACACAUUGCCAUGUGAAUGCUGUUGCUUGCGCAUUGAAUAUGCGUGACAUCUUCGAAAAAGCUCCCAUUCCUUUUGUUUUAACUUUUCAAUAAUCAUCGCUUUUUUAACCCUAAAAAAUAUUUUGAAGAGAUGCUGUUGCAUGUGAAAUAUGCCUUUUUAUAGAUUUCAUCACGGUUCGGUCUUUCUGAAUCGAAAUAUUUAUUUUUGCACUCUGCCAAGUUGUGUGGGUAGCUCCAUUAGCUGAAAGCUGCCCUGUUCACGUGGAGAAUGCUGCCUGUUACUAUAGAGGUACUUUCCAGUAUUAGAUAUUUACGAAGUUUAUAGCACGUUUGACACUUUAGAUGGUUUAUGUAUGACAGGGUCAAUUGCUUACUGAGAACACGCUGUACCAACAUUCCUGCUUUAGUUAUGAAAUAAAUGACGGUGUAGAAACUUAGUUUACUGUUUUGCACUGUAUCACUUUGCCUUUUUCAUUCCCCUAUUUAUGCUUGCAUGACAUACCUCACGUGUGUGGCUGUCCGUUGUGCAUUGUUUCGAAUGCUAUGCAACGCUGUCCAAAGUAUUUGAGAAGAGCCGGUUAGUAAUUGCCUGAGUGAUUACUCUACAACGUGUGCAUAAUAACAGCGAAGAAAGUCAUUGCAGAAAAUGAAUGUUAACGAAAGUCGUCAUGACUGUAAAAACUGGACCAAUCAAAGUGUAGAAGGAUAUUGUGUUGUUACAUGUACCUGCUUUAAAUAAAUUUUGCUGCACUAUA